AUGCCGAUGUGCGGUGAGGCAGACGCGAUACCCGGGGGUUGCCAUGCCAUCGCUCAAUGCAUGGCACCACCCAUGCCGUCCACGGCCGUGACGCCCGUGACUUCUGUGACUGCCGGCGCCGCCCCUCUUUUCGUCCAGCCGUCCAGCCAGAGUAGAGCAGCCAGAGCAUUGUCAGGCUACCGCGCCGGCCUGGAACGGCAGGAUGUGCGCGGCGUCGCGACUCGGCACCCGCUAGCCUCCGUCGCCGCCAUCACGGAUGUCGAUUGGACCGUGCGCGGGGCCCGCAGCUGCUGCACGACGAGGAAGAUUGAGAUGGGCGGCUCUGCAAUUGUCGUUAAUUUAUUUGGAAGCGGCAGGCAGGCAGGCAGGCCAGAGUUUUCGCCGUCGACGCCAAGCGGAGCGCACCGCCAUUGA